UUCUGCGGUCACUGGACGCGGCGGAGAUCAGCCUCCUGGAAACCCACAAAGAUGGCGUCCGCUAACUCCACGUACGGCCAGAAGGAGGCGUCGGACCAGAACUUCGACUACAUGUUUAAGAUCCUGAUCAUCGGGAACAGCAGCGUGGGGAAAACCUCGUUCCUCUUCCGAUACGCGGACGACUCCUUCACUCCGGCCUUCGUCUCCACCGUGGGGAUCGACUUUAAGGUCAAAACCAUCUACCGCAACGACAAGAGGAUCAAACUGCAGAUCUGGGACACGGCCGGACAGGAGCGAUAUCGAACCAUCACCACGGCCUAUUACAGAGGAGCCAUGGGCUUCAUCCUCAUGUACGACAUCACCAACGAAGAGUGUGCACAUGAACACAACGCUGUCCAGGACUGGUCGACUCAGAUAAAGACGUACUCGUGGGAUAACGCGCAGGUGCUGCUGGUGGGAAACAAGUGCGACAUGGAGGACGAGCGGAUGGUGAGCGGAGACCGAGGACGACAGCUGUCUGAACAUCUGGGGUUUGAGUUUUUCGAGGCGAGCGCGAAGGACAACAUAAACGUGAAGCAGACGUUCGAGCGUCUGGUCGACAUCAUCUGCGAGAAGAUGUCCGAGAGUCUGGACGCGGGCGACCCGGCGGUGACGGGCGCCAAACAGGGUCCCCAGCUGACGGAGCAGACCCCGCCCCCCAAACCCGACUGCGCCUGUUAG